AAUGACGUCACGCUGUCAUCCACUCAGCCGUCUCCAUUUCCGCUGUUAAAACAACUUUAUUUAAAACUAACAGAAUUUUCGGAAAGCGAGGUUUGGAACGCGAUAAGGGGCGGGUACACCACAGCUGAUUGGAUGGUCUUGAUUUUACCGCACCCGGACAAAUGUCUCAAAGUGACUUAAAGUCCUUAUCCCAAGAUGAACUGCGGAAAAGACUUUAUCAGACCUUUAAAAAGAAGGGGGUUUUAGAUUCACUGAAGACACAACUGAGAAAUCAGCUCAUUCAGGAUCUGAAGCUGCGGGCACUUAGUGGCGAGUCCAUUCAGCCUCCACUUGUUUCUGGCGACACACUGUUACAUAGGGCCUGUAAUAGCCUAGUAGCAGAUCACCUGAGAAGAUGUGGUUACGAGUUCUCUUUGUCCGUGUUUUACCCAGAAUGUGGACUGGAAAAAGAUCAGGAUUUCACAAUCCAUGAUAUAAUGCAAGUGAUGAAGAUCAGCCCCAAAUCCGAACUCUACAGCUCUCUGACAUCAGCUCACCAAAAUAGCAGUACAAAAGGUUUUCUUAUGCAAAUCCUGACACAACUGAUAGACUUCCACCUCCAUAAGGAUGGCAGAGAUGUUUAUAGCCAGACAACCACAACUUCACCCUACAAAGAGUCAAUAGUGGAAAAAAUGAAGUUUAUUGAUGAACAGUUUGAAGAAAUGUAUCCAAAACGUCCCAAAUUUGAGUCCAUAGAGGGCAAGCUGUCUGAAUAUCGCAGAGAAAUAGAGGAACAGCUCCAGCAGGAAAUGUCUCAGAAGUUCCAACAUUUUAAAGAUGUUGAACUUGCAAAAAUAAAACUGGAAGAAAGAGAAAAGUCCCAGAAGGAGCUUUCUGAUUUACGAAGAGAAUUGGAAAAGACCUAUCAGCUGAAAUAUGAUUCCUUAACAUCACGAGAGAAGAAUGCUAUAGAGCGACUCCAGAAGCAACAGGAGAUUGAAUCCAAGGAAAUAUAUGCUCAGAGACAGACCCUGCUCAAAGAGAUCGAGACAAUACGAAACCGGGAACUGGACCUUCGCCAACGCAUUGAAGCAUUUGAGCUAGCUCAAAAGUUACAAGAAGAGAAAAACAAAAGUGUGACUGAACUGCUCAGGAAGCGAGAGCUGGAUGUAAAGAAUAUUGAAGAUACAUUUGAACAGAAGCUUAAAGAUGAAUGUUUACGGUAUCAGAUUGAACUAAAAGAAGAAUAUUUGAAGAAAACUCAGAAAGUCAAUGAAGAUGACAAGAAAAACAGAGAGGAAGCUUCGCGGUUGCGGGAAGAUACAAUUGUAAUCAACAUGAAGAAACAGGAAAUGGAACAAGCUAUCUCUCGUACAACACAACUUCAGGUAGAGGUGGAUACCCUAAAAGCACAGCUUUCCUUUGUGACUCAACAGAACGAAAACCUGACUGAAAAGCUAAGAGAGUUUGCAGCUUACCCCCUAGUUCAAAAAGAGAAGGCAGAAAUGGAGGCUCAGGUUAAGUGGUUUAAACAACAAAUAGAAGAACUCGGAACAGAAAACCAAAUCCUCAGAGAAAAAGCCUCUCAGCCGUCUCAUGAGUUACUUAGCCUUCAAGAUGAAAUCAACCAAUUGGAGUCUGCAAGAAAGUUUGAGCAAAGUGAAUUCAAAAUACAAAGGGAAAUCCUUGAAAAACAGCUAGAGUUAGAGAUUGAACGCGGUUUGGAGAUGAAAAUGCAGUUAUUAAGUCGGGAAGAAUCUUCAAAGCGAUUAAGUGCCCAAGUUGAACUACUGGAGUUUCAGCUGAGACAAACUCAACAAGCCCUCGAAAAUGAAGUCUAUCGCCACCCCAAGUCAUCUCUGCUUGAUCGUCCAACACUAGGCUUUCCUGCCAGCAGGAUCGUGAGCCCUGAUAAUUAUGAUGAAAAACCUGCUUUGAAAAGCCACCGAUUACUGGGCUCUUCUGUUGAAACAGGUGGCAUCUCUGUACAAAGGCAUCGACACAACGAUGGCACCAGAAGCAGUUCCCCUGACUCAGAUCUGGAGUUUGUGGCUACCACCAAAGCACGAAUUAAAGAUCUUGAAAAAGAAGCUGAGUUUUUAGAGGAGGCUUAUCGAAACUAUCAGCAUAGAGUCUUUCACACUGCUUCAAUUGAGAACUACCCACUGCCUACCGAUAUACCAAGCAGAGGAUACUUAAGUUCUGUGCCUGCUUUACCACAUCACAGAGUGACUUUUUUAGAGGACAACCUCACUCCACAGCAGCAUAUUCUCUUAAACAGGCUAAAAAUGGAGAAAUAUGAAGGUCUCCUAUCAGCUGAAGUAGAUCUAACCCCACCACGCACCAAGAAAUCCUCAGCCCGUAGACUGUCUUCAACUCCUGUGUCGAAAGCAGAAAAGAGUCAAGAAGAGCGAGUUUCUUUGGAUGAUGGUUCCUAUAUUUCAUCAUCUCACCAUAGCUUUAAUAAUAGACUUUCUCCUAUUCCAAAAACUGCAAAUCUUCCUACACAGAGACAUGAUGUUCUAGAUAAUGCAGUAGGAGGUGAAAGAGAACAGCUGUCCAGUGCUCACAUACCAGCCAAGAAAAAAUUGGAUUUAUCCCACCAUUCUACUCCUGAAAAGUUACAUCCAGAGGACCUGAAUCGUUCAGACUCAUCGCUACAUGACCAAGAGGACAUACCAGAGCAGCUUGAAAGUGACUUGUCUCAUCCAUCUGGGGACUCUGUCCAUGACAUUGGUGUCACUGCAGAUGUGCCAGGGGCAGCUCAUUCAGUGCUUGACUUGUUCGGCAGUAGAGAGAGAAGUGAAAAUUCUAACAAAGACUUGGACAGGAGCAAGGUGACAUACCCCCAGGAACAGAAGGAAGAAUCCAUUCAGGACAGCUCCGAAGUACAAGAGAAAGCAGAUGAUCAGGCGCAGGCUUCUGCAGAAAAGGUUCAAGAGGAAAGCGUAAAGGAUAGUAACCAAGAAGUAAAUCCCUUGGACAGGUACAUGCAGUUGCUCCUUCAGAACAGAAAUGAGGAUCAGUCUGAUAAGGGUACUAAAGAAAUCUUUGAAGAUGUGUCUGUGGAGGAAAAACUUUCUAAUGAUAGGUAAGUAAUACUGAAAAAACGAGCCCUGUGAGAGGCUUCCAUGUUAUCACUAGUGCACAUAACUGGCUCAGUGACUGCCAUGUUUAUGGUUUCUUUUAACCCUUCAGCUAAGAUGCACCCCCAUGUUGUCCCCCAAGAAAUUGCCUGCUGCUUUCAGCUGUAUCUCGCGCUGCACUAUGAGACAAAGCGUCCCGCUGCGUCCCUGUAGGACCCGUCUGCAGCAGCGAGACACUGCCAUAGAAUUACAUUAUGCUGGGUCUCUGCUGGAGACGGCUGCUAUGGGGAUGCAGGGAAAAGUCUCUUAUGGCAGAAGCGAGACACUGCCAUAGAAUUACAUUAU